AUUUAUGGGUUUAGUGGAUUGUAACCCUGAGCGAUUAUUACGAGUUGAUUAUAUCUGUGCUCUUGGCGCGAAUCGGUCUCUUUCUGGCAGGAAUUCAUUGAGAUUAGACGUUGAUUACUAACAGUUCUUUUAUUAACCUUAUUUGCGGGAUCACUCAGUUUACUCUGUUACGUUCAUUGUUACUAGUUAAUAGUUUACAGUUCUAAUUACUUAGUUUCUAGCAAACUCUAAGGAAUAGAGUAAAGAAAUCAUUUCAUUGGCGACGAGGAAAAAGAAAAACAAAUUCAAAGAAGAAAUUCGUGUUAAUUUUCAAAAGUUAGGACAUUUCUCAUUGAGUUCAGGAUCUUGCGGCUAGUGUAUUUAGCCGGCAAACGAACUUUGCAAUCUGUGAAAGUGCUGGUGUUCAGGGCUUCUUUGCUCGACAUCUGUGACUGUGUUCAGGGCUUCCUUGCUCGACAUUUGUGUGCUUGUUAUUGUGGGCUUCCUUGUCCAAUAACUUGACGACAUCCAGGGGACGCAGGCAGAUUCUGGUAGAGAUUGAAGACGGCAGCAUCUCAACAGAAAGCAAUGGCGAACAAUGCAAAUAUGGAAAGAGAAGUUAGAAAUCUCCUGGGAAAAGGCAGGCUCCAUCCAAAUCCUGACCAGUUUGCCAAGGACUUGGUAUUUCUGGCGGGAUCGGAUCGUCAACUGGCGAAGGAGCUGCUUAUGGAGAUGGUUGCGAUGGCCAACGGGAAAAUAAAUGCUUCAACAUUCACUGUGAAGAAGACCACUAAAAACUGGCUAAUGAGGUUGGCAUCGAGCUUAGAUGUGUACCAGGCGUACUCCAGGCAGUGGAUCAGCGACAAUGUCUGGAAGUUGCCUCAGGCUAAGGUCUCCAAGGUAGUCCCAGAAUAUGAUUCCAGCCGGAACAGGCGGGAUAUCCGUGAGGGUGUUCCCACCGUGAGAUACUUGGGGAACGAGGUGCUGGAUGAGGAAAACUUGCUGGCGUCUACAUCGGAUGACGACAUGGACUUGGGCUCGGAUCCAGGAAAGUUGCUGGAAAGCCCUCGGUCGAGUAUUUCUACGGGUUCCGUGAAGGAACAGCCUGAGGCGAAGCAAGCAGGACUGUAUCAGGGCGGCGUCGGAAGAGGUUUGUUGCCACUUAUGAACCAAACAACUGGAGUGCCGAUCAGUCUUGGGACAGUGUCAUUGUUGCAGGGAGUGAAAACCCUUGGACUUGCUCGGGUUUCUUCACCCAUUGAGAAGAGCGGAUGUAUGCCUGGUCAAGCUGAACCGUUGCAGAGGUCAGACGCGUGUGUUGGGGCAUCUUUGCUCACGGAUGCUGAGAGACCUGCUGAAAAAGAACUGGUACAGAGGUCAAAGGAAUCUGUUGGGGCUUCUUUGCCCACAGAUAAACAAACACCUGUUGGGGCUUCUUUGCCCACAGAUAAACCAAGACAUGUUGGGGCUUCUUUGCCCAGAGAUAAACAAAGACCUGAUGUUGAAGUAAGGAGGCAGGGAUCUCAUCAACCAAUUGUGGUUCGCCCAUCCACGAGCGGAGUCUCGAGAACAGUGGCUGAGAAAAACCAGAAAGGGGAGUUAAUUGUUACCAUCCCGGGAAAGAGAAGGAGGGAAGAUGAGGUCCUUGGGGAGUCAUCGUCUGUUGUUGCCAGUUCUGGUCCUAUGAAGCGCCAGACUCGAAGAGGGUAUAAGCCAUGUGUGGUUCCAGGAUGUACCGGUCCUACUGGAUUUGUGAAGCUGCACGCCUACAAGUACCACAUACCGGGGGUUUUUGAUGAACAUUUACCGGCAUUUGAGGUUGCAGUGGUAAGAAGACGUGUUGCAGCACUGAGGCAGGCGGCAACGUGGCUCUUGAGCAAAGUGGCUACCCUUGACGACUUAGUCAAGCAUGUGGCCAUGCAGAAGCUGCUUGAUGGCAAGGACAAUACAGAAAUUUCAGAGACUCAGAAGGAAGCCAUGGACGGGAUUUGUAAUUUCCUGAAUGUUCGGGUACCAGAAACAUAUCAGCUGGUCCCACCAAACAGUCCGGCUGUAUUGGUUCAUUGGAAAGCCUUAGUACUAAUUGCUGCGUCCCUUCAGGAGGACGAGAGGAAGUACUGGAUAGAAACGUUCGGUUCUCCUGAGGGCUCAGCGGUGGAAACAGCCCUUGCCGUAGGCCCGGAGGCUGUGGAUAGUCAUUUCCAUCCGGACCGAUUGGCUAGGCGGUUGGGAUUGCGGACAGAUGGCCCGGUUGAAGAUAUCCUGGAGAAGGGACCAGUGGCGGAGGAAGAGAGAGUUUCUCUAAAAGGAGGAGUUGCGGUGUACUGUGAUCCGGCUACAUUUCCUUCGGCCGCAUAUCUCGCCAGGUUACCCCCAUCAGUUGGCGUUGCUAUAGGAAUCCAUCCACGUCUGGCCAAUCAGUCACAAGAGACCUUGGAUGAUUGGAUUGGUCACAUGAAACAUCUGGUCGGGAAAGAACGUGUCGUUGGGUUUGGAGAGAUUGGAUUAGAUCUGACGGAGCCAGAGAAAGAUUGGCAUCACCAGUUCCAACUAGUGGACCGGUUGUUGCCAUCAUUGAAACAGCGACAUGUCCUGGUUGUCCACUGCCGUGGUAUGCCUGGAGACAGUAGUACGGCCGCGUUCAUGCUGUUGCUACAUAGAAUGAAGUCUGUCUCUCGCAUUCAACGAAUGCACUUACAUUGCUUCUCUGGAGACAGUUACGUCGUUGAGAAGUGGCUGGAGGCUUUCCCAGAAACCUAUUUUGGUCUUACCAACAUGGUAGAAAGGUUCGACAGAAACCAACAGGAGGCAGUCACACGUAUCCAUGAAAGUAGGCUGCUCCUAGAGACGGAUGCGCCGUAUUUCCCUUUGCCAGGAAACAAGUGGUCCUCACCAAAUCAGAUCCACAGAGCUGCUCGACUUGUGGCGGACAUUAGGAACGUGUCCGUGGAGGCAGUGUUGGCAGCGACUACAGAGAAUGCCAUAAGGCUCUAUGGACUGAGGGUUUAAUGUAUGGGCUUGGUUGCCCAACAACCUGAACCAAAGUUUUUGAGGACUGGACUACCAGGUGUUGAUUUGUUGAGUUAUUAUACCAGUGACCAUUGCCUAAUAAUCAUUAGGGCUUCUUUGCCCAAUGAAGAAAGGGAAUCACCCAGCUGAUGCAGGAGCUUUUGUGUGGGCUUCUUUGCUCAACUAACAGCAGCUCAAGCGGCGAAUUGGAAUCUGUUGGGGCUUCUUUGCCAACAGAUCAAAGGAAAUCAUCCAGCUGAUACAGGAGCAUUUGUUUGGGCUUCAUUGUCCAACACACAGUUGCUCCAGAGGCGAAUUUGAUCAUUAGGGCUUCUUUGCCCAAUGAAAAGUAGGUUCCACAGAAAGAGAAGGGCAUUUGUUAGGAUUCUCGUUGAUCAACAAAUGAUGAAAAUGCCAUUAGUCACUCUUGCUCACCCCUGGCCGAAAACUUUUCAGUUAAAGUGGGGAGGAGUGUUGUGAUUUAUGGGUUUAGUGGAUUGUAACCCUGAGCGAUUAUUACGAGUUGAUUAUAUCUGUGCUCUUGGCGCGAAUCGGUCUCUUUCUGGCAGGAAUUCAUUGAGAUUAGACGUUGAUUACUAACAGUUCUUUUAUUAACCUUAUUUGCGGGAUCACUCAGUUUACUCUGUUACGUUCAUUGUUACUAGUUAAUAGUUUACAGUUCUAAAUACUUAGUUUCUAGCAAACUCUAAGGAAUAGAGUAAAGAAAUCAUUUCAG